AUGGCCGACCCGAACCGAUCCAGCUCGACCAGUCUGCCUGUGCCAACACAUUUGCGCAAAGAGAGUGUUCUGCAAUCAGGGACCCUUGAGGAACUACCCACAAUUACCCAGGCCCAGGUGUUUGGCGUUCCAUCACCAAUCGGCUCUGACCAGUUCGACUUCGCAACCAAGGCGAGCUCUCCGAGGACACCGAGAGCGAAUGACAGCCCGUCCGCCUCCGACUACCUGAACGGAGGUCAACCACACCCCGACGGUAUCUCCUCCGGACCGGAGCAAGGCCCGCCCGCCUGGUUGCCGCUUCAAGAUGUCAACGCAACCACCAAUCGCUCCUCCGUCCCCUCAACCCUUCCUACAGCUGGCACAGGUCCUUCCGACGUACCCUACUCCGAACGUAGCGUACAGUUCGCCAACAACGAUAUCGUCCUCGAACCCCCACCCGUCAUACACCACGAGCGCCAUGGCUCAUGGGAUCACAAAGAUACCAUGAACAGGAUUCGAGGGUCCAGUUUCAUGACCAAGUUGAAGGAGCUCGCCGGCCCCAGCACCUCCCAGACUUUCAAGUCUCCAAGCUACCCGCCCGAGAUUAACUCUACAGCUAGCUCUCCAACCGUGUCACGCCACCGUCAUCCCCGAUCAGUCGACGACCGUAGCGACGAAGAUGCCGACGCAGAGGAGACCGCCGAUGAGAGGGUAGGGGAGUCACAGAUUCGACAAAAGAAAAAGAGACGGAUUAGGCGACCAAAGUUCGAAUCCUUCUCGACUCCCAACACACCUCGAAUCGAGCAAGAGCCGACCACGCCCGGUGGACAUGCCCGCUUCGGGUUUAUACGUCGCUCUACGUUAUCAGAUAUCGGGGAUCGUGGAGGCCUUUCCGAGGGCGAAGGCAGGGACCAAAUCGCCAGACAGCGCAUCAACAGAAGGACGAAUCUAUGGAUGUCGAAUCGGCCAGAUGGUGAGGGUGACGAGCUUGAAUCUCCCCGUAGGAUCGGGCAGCAUCUUCGCCGCUUCUCCAAUCUCGGCGGUGGGGCUUCUGACGGUGAUGCCACCCCGAGGAGGCCCUUUUUCGGCACAGACAGGGCUGCAACUUUUGGUGCUCAAAAAUGGCGUCAAGUCAAGAGUACUUUGCGCCUGUUACGACAGAAGAGGGAUGACCAAUACGACUAUUUCAAGUCUGCUGAGCUCAUGGCCGAGCUUACCGCAGUUACACCGGCUGUCUUGAUGUUCGCCAGUAUGAUCCAGCGUGACGAACAUGGAAAUAAGAGAAUCCCCGUCCUUCUCGAACAGCUGAGACUCCGGAUCAAGGACAGUGCGCCUCUUCCAGGCAAGGAUAGCGAGAGACAUGUCCUGUUCACCAUCGAACUCGAGUACGGUAGCGGCCCCAGUCAGAUGAAGUGGACCGUCAAGCGUCACAUAAAGGAGAUCAUGAACCUCCACUUCAAAUACAAGAUCAACCCCCCUAAAGACAAGCUUACACUACACCGCUUGCCAGAGGGUAGUACUAGGCCCAAACAGCCGAAUUUCCCUAUUUCCGCUUUCCCUUACUUACGCGCAGUAAGAGGCUUAGAGGACGACGAGGAACAGGAACCACAAGAACCACUCGAGCCCCCUCGCAUACUCGAAGAUCCCGCUGGUGAGGCGACUGCCGGGGAAACGGCUGUUGAGGGCACCGAUGUCGAAGAAAAUGGCAGGCCGCAGGUACGGAAAAAGAAGUCUCGCAUGGGUGCUUUUGGUGGGCGCCGCAAGAACUCGGCCAUGGGUUCCAAGGGUGAUCUCAAUCAGAUGGCUCUUGACGCCGUCACCAAGAAGAGAAAGUACAUCGAGCAGCAGCAGAGGAUUCUGGAAAAGUAUUUGCAAGAGAUGGUCCGUUGGCUCAUGUUCCGGGCAGACAGCAACCGACUCUGCCGAUUCUUGGAGCUUUCUGCUCUUGGAGUCCGCCUUGCUGCCGAGGGAAGCUACCACGGCAAGGAGUGUUACCUCCACAUUCAGUCCUCCAAGGGACUCGAUUUCCGGAGGGUCCUGACACCGGGCAAGGUUAUCGCUAGGCACAGCAAGAAGUGGUUCCUUGUUCGCCAGAGUUAUAUCGUUUGCGUUGAGUCCCCGGAGAACAUGAACAUUUACGACGUUUAUCUUGUCGACCCCAAGUUCAAGAUUGUUUCUAAGAAGGACAAGAACAAGUACCUCAACGCCAACGCCAACGAGGGCGAGGAGGAUCUCGAGAACUUUGACCUAACCACGGCGGCUAAGAAGAAGUCCAAGUCCUCCAACCACCACACCCUCAAGAUCAUGACGUCCGAGAGGAAGAUCAAGCUGUUCUCCCCCAGCCAGCAUCUCAUACAGCAGUUCGAGGAGUCCAUUCUGGAGAUGCUCAAGAGUACGCCAUGGCAUCAACGGAAUCGAUUCGGAAGCUAUGCACCUGUUCGUACGGGCGUAUUCGCCCAAUGGCUGGUCGACGGUCGGGACUACAUGUGGAAUGUCUCAAGAGCUAUCAGUAUGGCCAAGGACGUCAUCUACAUUCACGACUGGUGGCUGAGUCCGGAGUUGUACAUGAGGCGACCCGCUUGCAUCAGUCAAAAAUGGCGUCUCGAUCGUCUACUCCAGAGAAAGGCCCAGGAAGGCGUCAAGAUUUUCGUCAUUGUCUACCGAAACGUCGAGGCCGCAGUUCCAAUUGACUCGGAGUACACCAAGUUUUCCCUACUGAACCUGCACCCUAACAUCUUUGUUCAAAGAUCACCUAAUCAGUUCAAGAAGAACCAGUUCUUCUUCGCUCACCACGAAAAGCUGGUCAUUGUCGACCACGAUAUUGCAUUCGUCGGCGGUAUAGAUCUGUGUUUCGGUCGUUGGGACACACCGCAGCAUCCUGUGACUGAUGACAAGCCCACCGGAUUCGAGCCUGAUUCGUACAAUCUGCCCAAGGACGCAGAGCAUUGCCAAAUGUUCCCUGGAAAGGACUACUCGAACCCUCGUGUCCAGGACUUUGUCAGGCUCCAUGAGCCAUACGAGGAGAUGUACGACAGGUCUAAGGUUCCCAGAAUGCCGUGGCAUGAUAUCGCCAUGCAGGUUGUUGGCCAGCCAGCCAGAGAUCUCACCCGCCAUUUCGUUCAGAGAUGGAAUUAUGUGAGACGCGGCCGGAAGCCCACGAGACCUACACCGUUCUUGCUGCCACCUCCUGACUGCAGCAGGGAGGAACUCGAGGCCGCAGGCUUGAAUGGAACCUGCGAGGUACAAAUGCUCCGUUCAGCAUCGACGUGGUCGAUCGGUAUCGAUGAGACCGAACACAGUAUCCAGUCCGCCUACGUCAAGAUGAUUGAGGAGUCUGAUCACUUUGUCUACAUGGAGAACCAGUUCUUUGUGACCAGCACAGAGACGCUGAACGUGAAAAUCGUCAACCGCAUCGGUGAUGCUCUGGUUGAGCGUGCUAUGCGUGCGCACGAAAAGGGCGAGGACUGGCGCGCAGUCAUUAUCAUCCCACUGAUGCCCGGUUUCCAAAACGAGGUCAAUGACCAGGAUGGAACCAGUGUUCGUUUGAUUCUCCAAUGCCAGUACCGGAGUAUCUGCCGCGGAGAACACUCCAUCUUUGGCCGUCUUAAGGCUGCCGGCAUCAACCCGGAGGACUACAUCCAGUUCUUCAGCCUGCGUCAAUGGGGUAAACUUAAGAACAACACCCUGACGACCGAACAACUUUACAUUCACGCCAAGUGUAUUAUUGUCGAUGACCGCAUCGCCUUGAUCGGAUCGGCCAACAUCAAUGAGCGGUCUAUGCUUGGAAACCGUGAUUCGGAAUGUGCGGCUGUUGUUCGUGACACCGACAUGAUCUGGUCCACAAUGGGUGGGAAGCCUUACCAGGUUGGUCGUUUCGCUCACACUUUGCGUCUCCGACUGAUGAGGGAACACUUGGGCUUGGAUACCGAUGAGAUUCAAGAGGAAGAACGCCAGGCAGAGCUAGAUGAAGCCGAGGCAAGGGCUGAAAUGGAACAACGCACGGAACACCACAUGGAGCAUCCGAACUUGGAAUAUGGCGAAUUCCAUGACGACUCAGAAGACUCUAUGAUCCCCGAGAGCUCGUCCAGGAGACGCAGGUCAUCACAUAUGUCGUCUCAUAUUCCACCCAGCACGCCGCCGCCACCGCAACUCCCUCGUCAUAGAGCGCAUAGUUUCAAUCAUGACGUUGAGAUGCAGGAACUCCCAAGGCCAGACUCCAAGGGCAAAUCUGUUGCCGGUAGAGACAGCCAUGGGCAUGGGCAUGGGCAUGCCGGCGAGAGGCACAGACGGGAAGUGGAAGGACAUGGUCCUGAUCAUUGGAAGGCUGCUCAAAUGCAAGGUAUCGACGAGGGCAGAGACUCAGUCGUGGUGAAUGGCCGCGAAGUGCUGGUCCACGAUAUCGCUGCAGAGGGCAGAGGCACUCUGGACAGCCCGCAUGAACCCCACGAGCUUCGCACCCGACUUCACGAUGCUGCAUCUCCUUCUGAAAGCAUCGGCAACGAGUACAUGCCGCCGAUGCCGCCGUUUAACAGACGGACUACGGAGCAGCUUGGCCUCCCUAGAGCCAAUCAGUUGCCUGUAUUGCCUGUUGUGGACGAUACCGAUAUUGGUGGACCGCCUGUCCAGAUCACAGCAAAUGGCACUCUAUCUCACAGCCAGAUGGCCAUGAACAUUGAGCUCGCCAACAUUGACAAGGACUGCAUGCGGGACCCUCUCAAUCCAGUCUUCUACGAUGAUGUUUGGUCUCGUGUCGCUGAGAAUAACACCAAGAUCUACCGCCGCGUCUUCCACACCAUGCCAGAUUCUGCAGUAACAAACUGGGCCGAGUACAAGGAGUUCAAGGCUAACGAGCGGGAGUUCAAGAAGCAGUUCGAGGGUGGCAAGACGAGUGAGGAAGUCAAUGAGAAGAACGCAGUAGCUUCCGGGCAUGGACAGACCAGCGCUGGGGCCGGUAUUGCCGCACCUGGUCCGGCUCAACUCAGCAAGAGCUUGACAGAGAAGCUGGUCACCCCUGUCUCUAAGCUUAGCGGCGGUGGUGACAAGGGCGCUCGGGAACGCACUGGCUCAAAUACGACGAUGGACGAGAAAGACCACGCCCGCAAGGCCCAGACCUUCCCACUCGAUGCCGAAAAGACCGCGAUGUUGGCGGCGUCGCAGAAUAACGGCGAACGCCCGCCCACAGCAACACCCAAAGACGGCGCUGAUUCAAACCAACAUAACGACAACUGGGGAUCUGGAAUCUUCCUAAGCGCCAACAACGCCACCACCAAUAACAAGGAGCGACACGCCACCUUCUCCAACAAUAACCAAGAUUUUAACCACCCUCCCCCAACCUCAGCUAGCGGUAACUCCACCACCACCAUGGCCGACAACACCAACAACGCAACCCCCAACAGCGCCGCCGCAGUGUCCUCGGACAACACAGCAACCAGCGCAUCCGCCACGGGCACUAAUGGUGCCGGUGUCAAGCCAGCCGCGUCUACCCGGCAGCAGCGUCGUAGGGCGAACACGGGCCGUAGUAAACGCGGGUACAACCCCUUCGACGCGCAGACGCUGAACCCCGUAGAGGCCGAGGAGACUCUGAGGCUGAUGCAGGGCACGCUGGUCCAGUUCCCGUAUGACUGGCUGGUUACGGAGGAGAAUAACGGGAAUUGGUUGUUCCAGGUUGAUCAAGUGGCGCCUUUGCAGAUCUAG